UCCAAGGAGUCGACACCCAGCUCUGAGAGGUGCUGGCCCAGGGUCUGCAGUCACGCCAACUCCAGAGGACAGAAGCAGUUGGUUUGAGAGCCCAGUCUGACUCCUCGAUAUUGUGAAUAGCUCCGUCCAGCCUGGGAAGCGAGCUGGACGGCUGAGCCAGGCUGUGCCCGGAGCGCCCGACCGGCCCAUGCUGUGGCUGGAGCCCUCCCCCGGGCUGGGGGGCCUCCUGCCUGUGCUCCUGGCUCUCCUUGGCAUCGCCCGGGCGGAGGUGUGGAUGCCCCACCCGCAGGAGCAGGCUCCAGUGCCCGGAGCCUUGAGCAGGAAGGAGAGUUUCUUGCUACUCUCGCUGCACAACCGCCUGCGCAGCCGGGUUCACCCGCCCGCGGCCAACAUGCAGAGAAUGGACUGGAGCGAGAGCUUGGCCCGACUGGCUCAAGCCAGGGCAGCCCUCUGUGGCACCCCAGGCCCCAGCCCGGCAUCUGCCCUCCAUGUGGGCUGGAACGAGCAGCUGCAGCCAGCAGGCUUGGCAUCCUUUGCCGAAGUGGUCAGCCUGUGGUUCGCAGAGGGGCAGCGGUAUAGCCACGCCGCAGCCGAGUGUGCCCACAAUGCCACCUGUGCCCGCUACACUCAGCUCGUGUGGGCCACCUCGAGCCAGCUGGGCUGUGGGCGGCAUCUGUGCUCCAUGGGCCAGGCAGCCGUGGAAGCCUUUGUCUGUGCCUACUCCCCUGGCGGCAACUGGGAGGUCAACGGGAAAACAAUCGUCCCCUAUAAGAAGGGCGCCUGGUGUUCUCUCUGCACAGCCAGCGUCUCGGGCUGCUUCAAAGCCUGGGACCACGCAGGGGGGCUCUGUGAGGUCCCCAGGAACCCGUGUCGCAUGAGCUGCCGGAACCACGGACAUCUAAAUGUCAGCACCUGCCACUGCCACUGUCCCCCGGGCUACACAGGCAGAUACUGCCAAGUGCGGUGCAGCGUGCAGUGCGUGCACGGCCGGUUCCGGGAGGAGGAGUGCUCCUGCGUCUGCGACGUGGGCUAUGGGGGAGCCCAGUGUGCCACCAAGGUACACUUUCCCUUCCACACCUGCGACCUGAGGAUCGACGGAGACUGCUUCAUGGUGUCUUCAGAGGCGGACACCUACUAUGGAGCCAAGCUGAAAUGCCAGAGAAAAGGUGGACUGCUGGCCCAGAUUGAGAGCCAGAAAGUGCAGGACAUCCUCGCCUUCUACCUGGGCCGUCUGGAGACCACCAAUGAGGUGACCGACAGUGACUUCGAGACCAGGAACUUUUGGAUUGGGCUCACCUACAAGACUGCCAAGGACUCCUUCCGCUGGACCACUGGGGAGCACCAGGCCUUUACGAGUUUUGCCUUCGGGCAGCCUGACAACCAGGGGUUCGGCAACUGUGUGGAGCUGCAGGCAUCUGCCGCCUUCAACUGGAAUGACCAGCGCUGUAAAACCCGGAACCGUUACAUCUGCCAGUUUGCUCAGGAGCACAUUUCCCGGUGGGACCCAGGGCCCUGAGGCCUGGCCAGGCAGCUCCCCUGCCAGCCCCUGGGUGCACCUGCUCUGCUUGCCCAGCUGCCCACCUGUCUGGAACAAGGGCCAGGCUGGGACCACAUGCCAGGAGUCCGAAGAGGCCUCAGACUUGCGUGAUGCAAGAAGUUGGGCAGAGGGUGGCAGGGAGGCCAGCAAGGGAUGGAGAGGGAGUGCUAGAAGAGCCCAGAGCCCCUUAGCCUACUUUUGAUCGGGAAGAUGGGCUUCGAUUAGACGCCAAAGCAGAAGCCAGGGCCAGCGGUCAGAAGAGACAGCUCUCCCCCUUCCUGGCCAGAUGCAGUCCACAAAGGAGUAAACUAAGUUAUGAAUAACCUGGACUUGUGAAUGAAAUGCUUGUUUCAAAGGGGAAUUUAGGUGACUCAGGAUGAUCCUGGGAAGACCAGAGGGGACCUGAGGCUUCACUGCGGUUGCCCUUACCCACCUUGUCCCUUUCCUGGUCACCCUCUGGACGUUUUCAGGCUCCCCAGUAAGGUGGAAGACCAGACUGUCUGCCUCAGUGAGGGGUCUUUUUUCCAUCAGUUUCCAUGGCUGGGCCCCAGGUAGGCAUUGCAGACACUGCUCUGAACGUCUGGGAAGUGGCAUGUGUCUCGUCUUCAUGGGCUGGUGGCACAGUCAGAAACUGAAGAGUCCCACUCCCGUGCCUAUCCUCAAAUAUCAUGGCUGAACUUACAUGUGUCAGACACAUAAUAAACAUUUAGCUCACUGAAACCCUCCCACUUCCUCAUUGACAAGGAAUACUACCCCCAUUUUACAGUUGAAGCAGUGGAGGCACAGAGAGGUUGAGUAAUUUGCCCAAGAUCACACAGCUGGGAAUCACACCCAGUCACUCUAUCGUUUAAUCUUUCCAUUUUCUUUUGUUGGUUCAGCCUGUUCAAUCAGGGACCUACAGGAAGUCUUUGUGCCCCGAUUAGAGCGUGGGCACACGCGGGGUGUCCACAGAUGCCCCCUACUAUCUCCACCACCUGCAAAGGAAGGAGCCAGACACUUGUGGCAGGGGUGAGCCCCAGGCCCCUGCUUCAGGUAUUUGCCCAAGGUCACCUGCGAGGAGGACCCGGCCUCAGGCUUCUGGGCUGGUUCGCUCACUCAACCCCAUCCCCGCGGC